UCCAGGCUUUAUUAGGAGAAGAGUUCCCCAAUUCCAAGCGAAAGAUUCACACUAGAAUGGGUUUUUGGCUUUUUCCAACCUCGGAGCUUCACCCUCAUAAACUCAGGUUUGAGAGGCUCAAGCCAUCCAAGCUGAUAGCCAAAUGGCCAUCUUUCGUUCCUCCCCAAAACAUUUACUUCUUCUGCAUUUCUUCGUCUUCAUCAUCUCCGUCACAACUCAACCACUUCCUAGCCCGAGAGCCAACUUCUCGUGCUCCGCCAACUCGCUGAGCUCGUGCCCAUCAUAUGUGGCCUACAUCGUGCAAGGACCCGAAUUCAUCGACCUUGGAAGCAUCUCUGACCUGUUUGGUGUCAGCCGUUUAUCCAUCUCGCAGGCGAGCAACCUGGCUUCUGAAGAUGACCCUUUGUACCCCGGCCAGCUUUUGCUCAUUCCGAUCACGUGCGGCUGCAGUGGCGGCAGUUUCUUCGCCAACAUAACCUAUCAGAUCAAGAAAGAUGACAGUUACUUCCUGGUCUCGACGAAAGCAUUUGAGAACCUCACGAACUGGCAAGUCGAAGAGGAAAUGAACCCGGGGAUCAAUCCAACUCUCCUACAGAUUGGGACCCAAGUCACUAUUCCUCUCUACUGUAAGUGCCUGGCAAAAGCGGACUCGGAGGCAGGCUUCAACUUUCUUGUUACUUAUGUAUGGCAGCCCGGAGAUGCACUUUCAUCAGUGGCCAAAAAGUUCAACGCGACAUCUGGCGAUAUUGUGAAGGAAAACAAAGGAGUCAAUCUUACUGCGUCUGUAGGUCAUCCUGUCCUCAUACCAGUAUCACAAUUGCCAGCUCUUUCUCAACCACUGAAUGCUCCUCCGAAGAGAAAAGAAUCCAAGCAUGAGUGGAUUAUUGUAGCUUUAAGCAGUGUAGCAGCAGCUAUUUUGGUCACUGCGUUAGCGGUUUCGCUAGUCUAUGUUCGCCGUUUAGGUGGGAAAGCGAACCCGAAGAUUCUGAAUUGGAAUGCUUCCUGUUGGGAGGUCAGAAAUCUCGUAAAAACUAAGGAGUUCCCUAAAGAAGGGAAAUCUGAGUCAUCCAAGACGAAGGUCAUCCAAGAUAAAUUACUUCCCAGCAUUUCGGACUACUUGAGCAUUCCGAUCAUGUAUGGGGCUAAAGAGAUCAUGGAGGCAACGAUGAAUCUUGAUGAGAGUUCUAAGAUCAGGGGCUCAGUGUUCCGCGGCACAAUCGACGGGAAAGUUUUCGCCGUGAAAACAGAAACUAUGGGCAAAAACAUGGAGGAGCUAAAGAUUCUACAGAGAGUAAACCAUGCGAAUCUGAUAAAGUUACUGGGUGUUUCGUCAGAUGCGGGCGGCAACUUCUUUAUGGUAUAUGAGUACGCUGAAAACGGUUCGCUCGAUAAGUGGCUGUGUCAGAGGCCUUCGUCUUCUUCAGAGUCUGUCAACUUCCUCACUUGGAUUCAGAGGUUGGGCAUCGCUUUCGAUGUCGCCAAUGGCCUCCAAUACCUUCAUGAGCAUACUCAACCGAGCAUCGUCCACGGAGAUAUCAGAGCAAGCAACAUUCUUCUGGACUCCAAUUUCAAGGCCAAGAUAUCAAACUUCUCCAAGGCCAUACCAGCUACAAGUGCUGCGAUGUUGAAAGUUGAUAUUUAUGCUUUUGGGUUACAUUUGCUUGAGUUACUUUCGGGGAAGCGGGCCAUGGGCGUGAGUGAAGUAAUGGAGAUCUUGGAAGCGGAAGAGAAUAGGGAGGAGAGGUUGAUGGAAUGGAUGGAUCCGGACUUGGGGAGCUUUUAUCCGAUCCAUGACGCGCUGAGCCUAGCAACCUUGGCCCAGGCGUGCACAGCAGAGGAAUCUUCCGUGAGGCCAAGCAUGGCGGAGAUUGCAUUUAAUCUCUGCAUGCUCGCCCAGUCGUCUUCGGUGGCGUUGGAAAGUUCUUGGACGACAACAAUAGAAGCAGAUGAGAGCGUUCAAGUUAUCAUUCCGGCUACUGCUCGCUGAAUCUUUGAGACGCAAGGUUCACGUAAAUGUCUUCUCUUUUCCAUGCUGUAAUAAAAGCCGAGGCACGCAAGUUUCUGCAAAUUUCACGACACAUUGGACUGGAAGCGUGAAUUUCCUCCUCCUGAAUUCCAUUGUAAUUGUGUCUUACCGUAGAUUCAUCAAUGCAAGUAUAGUUGAAACUACAAUUACAUUCAAU